AUGACCCGAUUAACCCAGCGUGGGCUAUCUUACACCGUUAACCAGCCGGCCGAUCGGCCCGUUGCUGAUCAAUUAACGAAGGGUGGGUGCAAAAUUCAGGGGAUUGAAAAUGCCACCAGGGUAACCAACCUCAUUGGGAGGCAAGCUGUAGUUCUUGAAGAUAGGGUCCUGAUUGACACUGCCGGGGUUCUUAAUGUCUUGCCACCGUCUGAUCUCGACGUAAUGGAACAGUAUGAACUCAAUCACGAAUAG